CUUGUGGUUGUUGUCAUGGUGAGGGCGGAGGAGGAAACAUGGCGUCAGAUUCAAACAGACGCGGAGGGAGUUUUAUAAUAACACGGAUUUAAACGAUUUUAUCUCGUUUCGCCUCAAUAUUUCAUCAAACACUGAUGUACGAGCAUCGCGGGCCUUUAAAUAAUCUCAGGAGCGUAGCGUCACGUUGACCUCAUGCCCACAGAAUCGCCCGCCGUUCGUCCUCGUCAUGGCAACCGGGCCAAACGUAAAGACCCUGUAUCCACCCUGCGGGCGUCUCACCCGCGAGCCGCGGCGCCGUCUGCGCAAAACUCACAGGAGGAGAUGGACAGGCUCCGGGACGUGAUCGAUCAUCUGCAGAGAGACAGACGGGACGCUGAGAGAGAGACGGCUGAGGGAUUCACUCUCACAGCUGAGCUCAGGUGGAAGAUGAACCAGCUGGAAAAGGAGAAACUGGACUUCACUUCCAAGCACAAUGAAGAGGUGGCGCAGUACGAGGCGCAGGUGGCGCGGUUGCGGGCGCAGGUGGAGCGCGGCGAGGCGCAGCGGCAGACGAUGGAGUACGACAUUGCUGUGGUGAGGAGAGACGCAGCGGCGGAGAGGAGAAACACUGAGGAGAAGAUGAAUGACCUGAAGAAAGACAACCGCAGGCUGGACGUCCUCAACUUGGAGCUGCAUCAGAGGGUAUCAGAUCUACAGAGAUCUUUAGAAAUAACGCAGCAGGCACGUGACGACGACCUUAAGGGCCUCACCACGGAGCUGCACGAGAGAGACCAUCUGCUGCUGAGCGCAAACGCUGAGAACGACCUGCUGCAGGCCGACAAGAGCAGACUACAGACACUGAUACAGGAACAGACUGACACUCUACAGAAGGUGAAAUGUGAAAUGGAGAGAAUGAAGAGAGACAGAGAGAAGAAUACAGAGAAACUGAGACACAGAUCAACAGAACUGAACCGCAGCACAGAGAGAGAAGAGAAGCUGCGCUGUGAUCUGGAGGCAGCUCUGCAGAAGGUGAAGGUUCUGGAGCAGAGCGUGGAGUCGGAGCGCGCCGCACACCUGCAGUCUAAGUUCAACUCUGAGAUCAUCCAGAUGAGGAUGAGGGAUCUGGAGGAGGCUCUGGAGGUGGAGAAGAGCAGUCACGCCGAGGUCUCGUCACAUCUGGAGCUCCUGAAGCAGAAGUGUGGAGAGCUGGAGAGAGCGAACGAUCACGAGAGAGACAAAUCACGCGACACCAGCCACAAACUCACACAGUUGGAGAAGGACUUCUUGACCAUGAAAACUGAUCUGAGUGCUCAGCUGGAUCAGGAGAAGGCUGCAUCCGCUGAGCUGAUUGGACAGCUAGAGCAGGAAAGGGCGGAGUCAGCGGAGCUGUCAGUCAAACUGCAGGAGCAGGAGAAAGUUUGGACCGAGAGACAUCAGGAAAUCAGCCGGGCUGUGGUGUGUGUGCAGCAGUCGUAUGACGGUCUGUACAGUGAUCUUGAUCAUGUGCUACAGCAGUAUCAGCAGCAGGGGGCGACACACGCUCACAGCACAGAGGACGGAGGUAAACACAAAGCAUCUGCUCUGAUGGACGUUCUGCGGGAAACACUACACUACUACAACACACAGUUGCAGGAGUCUGUGAUUGUGAUGCAGAAGUUGAACGAUGAGGUCAGACAUAAGGAUGAAACGAUCACUGAUCUCCAGAGGAACAUGCAGGAGUGUGAGGCUCGUGGCGUGUGUGUAAAUGAAGAGGUGAAGCGUUUGCGUGUGUGUGUCGCAAACGCAGCAGCUGAUCUGCGCAGCCUCAAAACACAACACACAAACACACAAACACAGAUGAACAAACUCCAGCAGCAACAUCACAACGACUGCCAGGAGAAACUGACGUUCCUCCACACGCUGUAUCAGCGCCUGCUCGCCGGAUGUGUGCUGGUGGCGCCGCCGCACAGCAUGCUGGGUAGCUUCUCAUGGGCGGAGCUUAGUGCCGUGGUGCAGGAGCACGUGGACAGGCUGACCUCUGACCUCUCCGCAGCCAAUCAGAAGGUGUCACGCUUAGAGAGUGUGUGUGAAGGGAAGUCAGCUGCGCUGGAGAGUGUGAGCGCACAGCUGAGACAGAGAGAGGAGAGCUGGAGCAAACAGAGAGAAGAUCUCAACACGCAACACACACACCUCAACAACCAGCUACAGCACAAGAUACAGGGGCGUGUCCACUCUCUGGAGCGCACUCAGUGCAAGCAGGAACAGGAAGUGAUGUGUCUGGUGAGUGCGAGUGGCGUGUUAGCGGGAUGCGUGCGCGGUCUGCGCAGACAGGUGUGUGCUCUGGCCUGGCAGAAGGCCGUGCUGCAGGAGCAAGUGUGCGGCGCAGACGUCCUGAGGUCAGAGGUCAGCAGGCUGCUGCAGGCGCUGGGCGACGGCGGGGUCAAAGGUCGCGGCACGCACAGGUUCCGGAGCUGUGUGAUCGCGGUGCUGGCGGCGGGGCGUCUGCGUGCGCUGGGACGCAGGUCUGCGGUGAUGUUCAGGGUGGCGCUGGGGCUCGGUCUGCAGCCGCUCGUGAGCGUGAACGAGCUGAAGCUCGGAGAGGAAGAGGAGGAGGAGGAGGAUGAUGAUGGCAGCAGGGUGAUGAAGACGCUCACAUCCUCCAAACUGCUCGUGCUCAUACACACCUGCAUGGAGGAACUGCAGCAGGAACUCAACAGAAGUGGUGGUGUGAAGGACUCCUCGUGUGUGUUGUCAGCAGCUCAGAGCUCCUGUAGGAAGUUGCUGCAGCGGUUGCUGUCAGACGUGGACUCUCAGUGCUGUGGGAAUUAUGGGAAGGAUUCGUUAGUACGGCGACUGGCUGACGGACUCAACACACUCGUCAAACACAGCUACUGUAACAGCAAGAUGAUGAUGGCGUCUCUUCAGAAGCACAUGCUGGAGUUCACGCAGCGUCUGCAUUCGGCGGAGGUCGAGCGCAGGAACCUGAGACUGGAGAUCUCACGCAUCAAUCGCACAAACAGCUGCAGAGACACACACACCGCGUGUGUUCCCCUCCAGCGGUUCGAGAGUGUGUGUGAGGAGCUCAGCAGUGCCCUACAGAGGGAGCAGCGUGCUCAGGCUCUGCUGCACGAUCAGGCCUCUCAGCUGCAGCAGCUGGGCCUCAGCAUGGAGCUGCACACAGGGGAAGAGCUGGAGAAGGACCGCACACUCGCACAGGCUGUACAGAGUUUGUCAGACGCCAAGCUGGAGUUGAGGAGGAAGGAUCAGUCGCUGCGCUCGCUGGGGAAACAGCUCAGCCAAUCACAGCAGGAGAACAAACAGCUGCAGCACGACAUCACCAGAGCUGAGAACACACUGACCACCGCAGAGAUGAAUAAAGAGUCUCUGAUGAGCUACAUGAAAUCUGUGGAGGAACAUUUACAAGAGAUGAAAGAUCAUGUCAUUCUGUCCAGAAGACCCUCUUCACGGGAUGAUUUCACCCUACAGCUCUCCAGAUUGUCUCACAUACCAUCAGACUUGCAAAGGAUCAUGGGAAACCCAGAGAUAGAAGCAUGUCAGCGUUUGGUGAUGCGUUUCCUGGAGCUGCAUCAGCUGGUGUGCUCAAAAGUAUCAUCUCAGGAGAGAGCGAUCUCAUCAUAUGAGUCUCACAUCUCGACGCUGAAGAGUGAACUACAGCACGCCUGUCUGCGGGAGAGAAACGGCUGUAUACCGGUGAGAGCCAGUGGUGGAAAAUAUGUAUAUUAAUGCUGCAUUUUAGUA